GCGCCUCUCAUGCUCUCCCGCGCGGUCGGCCUAAAAGCUGCCUCUGCGAUAGAUACGCCUCCGCAGCGACGCGUCGAGUAUCUCGCGCGCAUCUUGGCGUGUUCCUCGUGCACGGCUUGUGUUAUAGGCUGCCUACCCUGCCUCCCAAGAGGCGCCGCCUUUGUCGACACCACGCCGUCGGCGAACGACCCCCGGGCUGCCCGAGCAUCCUCUACGCCAUCGACGCGACGCCUGCUCGACGGCUUGUCAUCACUCGAUUCGGUCAGCAGCGUUAGCUAUCAUUGCACAGACAACAUGGGCGCCGGCUGGCCCAAGCCGAAUUUGGUAGAACCCUUCGAUGUCUUCCAGGCCUGGGACCACGGCAAGGCGUCGGAGGUCGUCUGCGUCUUCAAGGACAACGAAUUCGACUUCGGCGUCGAUGUGGAUAUUGUGGCCGCUUUAUUGGAAGGAGACCGGCAGACAGCAGAGAAGGUAGUAAAGAAGCUCGCGCCGGACGGAUCCAUCAUCAACGGGCUGGCCUUCCUGGGUAUACUAGCCUUCUUCUCGCGAGCGCCGGACCGCGGCGACGCGCUCCGCGCGAAGGUGGGAUUGGCCUUCGACGCCUUUGAUCUCGAGGACACGAACGAUUUAUCAAGGGACGAGUUCACGAUCGCCCUCUUGUCGUGUUUGCGGGCGCUGACCGUGGCGCUGGGUCGCGGCGUGCCGCCGACCGAUUCCGAUUGCGAGCAGAUCGUGAACAAGGCAUAUACGGACCGGGGGAAGGACUACUCGACGUCGGUCUCGAAGCACGAGUUCUUCGACUUCGUCGCCGCCGCCGUCGAGGGCUGCGCGGGCUUCGAGGAUGUGUUGAGAGGCUUCGGGGUCUCGGGGCUCGCAUCGACGCCGGCAGGCGUCGAGGCGGCGCCGGAGUUGUUUGCGUCGCCGGUAAAGGACUAG